GAGAGAGAGACAGAAAUGAUGACAGUGAGAGAGAGCAAGAGACAGAGAAUGAGAGAGGAAGAGAGCAAAAGAGAGAGAGAGUAAGAGAGAGGGGUUAGUGAAUGUGUGAAAAGGUCACAUGGAUGGAUAUAUUUUCUGCUGUCCUCUCUGACUGCAGAAUCUCUCCUGCUCUGAGCUACAGCAGCUGUGAUGUGGAGUGCUUGGCUAAUUCCUGUUCUGCUCCUUUCUGGAGCAGCUCGGCCUGGUCAUACCAAUCACACACACUCAGGUCUGUUGUGUGUAAAUAACUACAAGACUCAAAUCUCCUGUACCUGGCAACACAAAACACAGCACAGCGGGCAGGACUGCAGCCUCAGAGCCACGAGAGACACAUUCCGAGGAUCUCAAGAGAAACAAUGUGAACUGAAGACAUUAAGCUAUCAUUCUGACGCCCCAAGAGGCUGCGUCGUUGACUUUCCUUCACCGAAUUUCAACUUUGCUGCAAAUAUCGAUCUGAAGGUGAUCUGUAAUGGAACUGAGGCUGCCAGGCUGGAGAAGUACAAACCUGGUCGUCACAUUAAACUGGACCCACCGAGCAGGCCAAGUGUUUACAGGGGGAACAUCAGCUGGAACAGAGACCCUUUCUCUGUCAUCCAUUUUGAUUAUCAGCUACAGUUCAAGCCCUUAUCACACAGCUGGAAGGACAUUAAACCAGUAGAUGUGGUCCGUACAUUUGUUGAACUGAAAAAUGACUCGGUGGUUCUGGGUGAACAGUACGAGGCCCGGGUCAGGAUAAAGCCUGUGGAUUCUAAAAAUGCUGGUCAACAUCAUGGGCAGUGGAGCGACUGGAGCCCCUCUGCCAACUGGACGUCCGACAUUGGCAUGAAAAAAAAUACACGGGAGACCAAUAAUGCACUCACUCCAGGACUGCUGUGGAUCUUCAUAGCACUGACUUUCAUUCUGCUCAUCUUAAUCACCGUCUGCAUUGCCCACAGAUGCUGUAUGUUGAGAGCAGGCACCGAGCACAUUCCUGACCCGUCCAAAUAUUUUCAGCCCCUUCUCUCCGUCCACGAAGGAAACUUUCAGAAAUGGCUGGGCCCUCAGCACUCCACCCACUCUUUCCUCACCCCUCAGCCAUGUGACUGUGAUAUCUCACCUGUGGAGGUCUCAGGAGUUGUAGGCAGCUCUUCAACCGACAAGAUGUUAUAUUUACACACCAACCUCACGUCAUCCUCCCAACAAACCAGCAGCGAUAGCCAGUCAUCAUCCGGCUUCUCCAACAUGGGCUACUUCUACAGCGAAACCCAGCCAGGCACUCUGAACCUGGAGACCUGCUCUGUGUACUUUACCUACCAUCCAGAAGUGGGCAGCAACGGCGAGCUUCAAUCCACGUCCUCCUAUGAACGCCUGCAAAGCCUAGGACAGGAAACAGGACAGCCCUCGAGUCCUGACUCUGGCUUUGGCAUGGAAGGAGAAGAAGAAGAAGAAGAAGAAGAAGAAGAAGAAGAAGAGGAAGAAAACAUAAAAGAAGAAGAAAUUAAUGAAGAAGGGAGGAAUGAGGAGACCAGCGUCGUCAACAUUCAGCAUUUGGUCUCAUUUGUUCUGUCCUUACCAGACAGGUCAAGAGCAAUCCCCUCCACAACCGCUGCCCAGGUCCCGUUAAGCUUCGCCCAGCUGCCUGAUCCCUUGCCUUGGCCUCAAGCUGAGGUAGAAGAAGCCGGGGUUGGUAUUGGUGACUCCUCUGAGUCUCCAGAAGCUGCCGUGGUUAGACCUUCAUCUAUGGUGGUGCAGCCAUGCAGCACUGGCUACCUAACCCUGAAGGAGAUGCAGAAAUACAGCAACAAAUCCAUCUGAUCUGAUUUAGAAAAGGCCAGUUCAUAACAUUUCACCACAACACACAGUUGUAUCUAAUCAAACAAUAUCUGUUUGAUGAUUUAAGUAGGUAACUCCGUACAGUAAGUACAGUGGUAUGAAAAAGUUUGGCACCUCUGAUCAUUUUCAUGAGUUUCUUCAUAACUUUAUAACUCAUUGGUUGUUUGGAUCAGCAAUUUCAGUUAAAUAUAUCAUCUAGCAGAUGAACACAGUGUGCACUAAUUCUUUAAAGAAAAUUAGGCAGGUCCAUAAAUGUGGGCCCCCCAACAGAUAAAUUACAUCAAUAGUUAGUAGAUCCUCCUUUUGCAAAAGUGUUUCUCUUGGAAUACUGUGUUCUUUUUCCGCCAUGCAUAAAUAGCCUCCAAAUAACUCAAUUUUAGUUUCAUCAAUCUACAGCACCUUAUUCCAAAAUGAAGCUGGCUUGUCCAAAUGUGCUUUAGCUUUAGCAUACCUCAAGUGUGCUCAGAAAAGGCUACUUCUGCUUUACUCUCCCAUACAGCGUCUCCUUGUGUAAAGUGUGCUGAAUAGUUAAACGAUGCACAGUAACUCCAUCUGCAGCAAGAUGAUGAUGUAGGUCUUUAACUAGAACUGUGCCUGUGGUCUUCCAUUUCCUCACUAUGUUCUGCACAGUGGAAACUGACAGCUGAAAUCUCUGAGAUUUGAGCUUUUUGUAUCCUUCCCCUAAACAACGAUGUUGAACUGUCUUUGUUUUCAGGUCAAUUGAGAGUUUUGUUUUGAGGCUCCUUUGUUGCCACUCUUCAGAGAAGAUGCAAUUGGCCCUUUAACCCUUUGUCAUAAUUGGAUUCACCAGUGUAUGUAGGUCAAGGAGCAACAGGAGUUUAAGAAACUAAUGUUGUGUUCCAAUAAUUAGUGCUAAAGUGCUAAACAAGGGAGCACAAAUUGUUGUAGCUGUCUAAUUUUGUUUAAAGAAUUAUUGCACACUUUCUUUAAAUCCUAUAAACUUAAUUUCACUUCUCAAAUAUUGCUGUGUUCUUCUGCUUAAAUUGCUGACCCAAACAAACCAAUGAUUUAUUUAUAAUGGAAAAUCAAGAAACGUUUUAUACCACUGUAUACAUUAACUAACAGUACUAAUUAAUGAUUGGCACUAGUUUUUUUAAACAAAUGUCUCAAUUCAUUAUUUUUACAGCAUUGUUAAGCAUUCACCUUUUUAAAUUUUUUACUAGUGUCAAUAAUUAGUUGAAACAUUACUUAACCAUUUAAAAAAGCUUAUUACUGGUGUAAGUACUGUUAAUUGUGACACUUAUUGUAAAGAGUUACCAAACAACUACAUUUUUUUCACACCAAAUCACUCCAAUGGAAAUUUUCCAAUAUAUGCAGAUUUUUACAUGUCCAAGGUGCACAAUAUGAAAGUGCGGUUUUCCCAGAUUUCUCAGAACCUUUGGUACAUUUAAAAUCAACCACUUGAAACAGCUGAUAACUGUUUCACAUAAGAGCUGAAACAGAUACGAGUGCAAAGGAGAGCUCAGUAUCGGUUUAUAGAUAAUAAUAUAUCUAUACCACUGCUGUUGUCUGUAGGUAUAGGUUAGUGAUAUCCAGUUAAUUAAAGGGUUUAAUUUUAUAUGGUUUAACUAGGUUGAUAAGGUUUGUAAUUUUGGUACUAACAACAAACUUAAAAAGAGUUUUGUCCACUUUUGUCCACAAGUUGUCCUCUUUAAAUGAUAUAAACUGUCAUCAGUCUCUCAGCAACUUAUCAGUAACAUAUUGAUGGUUUGGCAGAAUCUGGACAUUCAGGAGAUCAUCAAGUGUGUUUUACUGAAGAAUAAAAGUGAAUUUAGCAAAUUUCGAACAAUGGAAAAUCAUCACCAGUGAAUGUGUUGUAAUGCAGUGUUGAUGUAGUGUUUUUUCUUUGCUAUGAUAUCUGAUAAUCUGGAAUGUGUUGGGGAUGUUGGGCAGGGGAAGUUGGUUUAGGCUGCUAAGACCAUGUAACUGAUUUAGCAAUAAAUCAGUUGAUGGGCAGAUUAUACACCUGCUGAAGGAACUGAUGGAACUUUUAUGAGCGCUGCUUUAGGUUUUGAUUACUGUUUAAAACUCAGGAUUGUUGAGAACUCAGGGAUAUUGCAUUUCAGGACGAGCAGAAAGUAUUCUGUAUAGAAAUGUUUAAGCUAAGGGAUGAGGUGAUUUCAGGUUCAACUAAAUGAUGAGGGUGGUGAUGAGUAAUGAGCAACUUUAUCUACCAACAGCAUUAUAGGAGUCAGCAUGCUUUACUGCCUUACUUUAUAGCAUUACGCCAUCAUAGCCACGUUAGCAAAGGCCAGAGUGACUAAAAGUAUACUAAUACUAAUUAAUACGCAUUGCAGGUUCAAUGCUUCAUCUGCGUGUAACAGCAUGGUUUAACAGACUGUUUACAGUCAUUUUUUCUGUUUGUGAUUUGUAAGCAUUGCUCAAUAUAUAAUGUAAUAUAAUAAUAUAUCUUAUGGUAGCUGAAAAGCUAUUUUAAUGUAUUUGUGAUGUCACAAUAAGCACCCCACUUCUUUAUUGCUUUGCCCCAAUCAUUUAUUGAAGUUAUUAUUAUUAGUAGUAUUUCAUGCCAGAAUGCUUCUUAAAUGUGAAACAAUGCAGGGCAGCCAAUUGAGACACAGCUCAAUUACAUAAACACUAUAUUGCCAACAGUAUUUGCUCGUCUGCCUUCACAAACAAAUGCAGCCACCUCUAUUUGACAGGUCAGACACUGGUGUUGGACGAGAAACCUGGCUUGCAGACUCCAUCCUCGGUUUAAGGCUUUAUAUAAGGCUUGGAUGCAACUGUUUGAUCAUGGAAACCCAUUCAUUCCAUGAAGUUCUCUACGCUCAACUGUUCUUAAGAUAAUCUGUAGGUCACAUGUUUGGAGGUCUGUAGCAAUUAAUGCUGAGGUUUUGUGACAUCUACACACUAUGCACUUUCUGAAUGAGUUGCUGUCUUUCCCAGUCACUUCCACUGUGUUUUAAUAUCACUGACAGUAGUGAAAUUUCACGACUGGACUGGAUGUUGCACAGGUGCUGCAUCCUAUCUCUUACCACACUGGAAUUCACUGAGCUCCUAAGAGCGACCCGUUCUUUCACUAAUGUUUGUAGAAGCAGUCUGCAUGCCUAGGUUCUUGGUGUUCCACACCUGUGGACAUGGAAGCGAUUGGAACAACUCAAUUGAAUGAUCUGGCUGAGUGAGUGAAUUCUUUUGGCAAUAAAGUGUACAAGCAGAAAGAAGUUGUCAAUUUUCCUUAAAUAAAUAUUUUAAAUAUUUAAAAUAUUUUUAGUGAGGAUAAUAACAGGGAGUAAAAAGAUGUUAGCACUGAUGUUAGUCAGAGCUGAUGCCUUUACAGUGGGGAAAAGGUUCAAUUGGAUAUAAUCUGAAAUGUUAAAUGGAUUUUGAUUAUUUUUGUGGCACUGAAACCUAAACAAAUGUUUAAAAGAAAACACUGUAAAAAAAAAAAAAAAAAAAAAAAACUGGAAUCAGCACAAUAAAAUGUCUCUACUGUUUGUUGUCACUCAGGCUUACAUCAUUUUUUUUUUUUUGCUGGUUUUCUUUUUGCUUUUUGAUGAUGUGAAUCUCUUUCCUUAUAUUGUAUCAGGGUGUAAAGAUGAAUGGACCAGUAGAAAUGCUCCAAACUUGGACUUGGAAUAAAACAUUUUUACAUUAACUUUUUGAAAUUGAGGAAGAAUUAUUCCUUCUACUGUAGAGAUUUUAAGGUUUAAGGUUGUGCAUUCCUUCAUUAGUAAACAAGCACUGGUUCUGCUGUAUGGUGUAGGGUGGUGGUGGUGGUGGUGGUGUUAGCAAUAUUAAAGUGUUUGUUUGCUACAACAUUUAUAACAACAAACCCAUCCUAACCAAUCAUUAGCCUCAAUCACCAGACCACAAUCACUGUGGAUACAGUAUCUAAAAAAAUGUUUUUUUUUUUUUGUUUUGUUUUUUUCAUUUUAAACAAUUAUAACAUUAGUUCAUACUCUUUUUCUUUUGUGAUACUAAACAGUUUAUAUUUUACCUGUUUUAUCCUGUGUUUCUAUUUUUACUUCUCUGGAAUGUGUCUAAAAUAAAACUGAAAACAGAAUCCUGUGUGAAGGUUGUGUUUGCAAGUUUAGCUUGUGGUCAAGUGUGUGUGUGUGUGUGUGUGUGUGUGUGGGUGGGUGUAUGCAUGUUUGCAUGUUGAUGGGCUGAGGUGUGAGUGAGUGUGUGUGUGUGUUUUCCUUCAGUAGUGUGUGGUCUGACAUUUAUAUGUACCAAGCAGCUUCCGUUCACUGAGACAGAGAGAGAGAGAGAGACAGAGAGAGAUAGAGAGAGAGACAGA